UUAAAGGUAACUCUUCUGCUUUUUUCUAGUGAAACGCGAUGUCCAGGAAAAUGAUGAAGAAGCAGUGCAAGUCAAAGAGCAGAGCAUCCUGGAACUGGGAUCGCUGUUGGCCAAGACCGGGCAGGCAGAAGAGCUGGGAGGACUUCUGAAGUAUGUCCGACCCUUCUUGAACUCCAUCAGCAAAGCAAAGGCAGCCCGCUUAGUCCGAUCCCUGCUUGAUUUGUUCCUUGAUAUGGAGGCAGCAACGGGACAGGAGGUUGACCUGUGUUUAGAGUGUAUUGAAUGGGCCAAAUCAGAGAAGAGGACUUUCCUACGCCAGGCUCUGGAGGCGAGGCUGGUCUCCCUGUACUUCGAUACCAAGAGGUACCAAGAAGCCCUGCAGCUAGGCUCCCAGCUUCUUCGGGAAUUGAAAAAGAUGGAUGACAAGGCAUUGCUGGUAGAAGUGCAGCUGUUAGAAAGCAAGACUUACCAUGCCCUGAGCAAUCUGCCAAAAGCAAGAGCAGCUUUAACCUCUGCACGGACUACAGCCAACGCAAUCUACUGUCCACCUAAACUGCAAGCAGCGUUAGACAUGCAGUCAGGUAUUAUCCACGCAGCGGAAGAGAAGGACUGGAAAACAGCCUAUUCAUAUUUUUAUGAGGCGUUUGAGGGAUAUGAUUCAAUUGACAACCCAAAAGCCAUCACCGCACUGAAAUACAUGUUGCUGUGCAAAAUUAUGCUUAACAUCCCAGAAGAUGUGCAGGCAUUAGUGAGUGGAAAGCUUGCUCUGCGGUAUGCGGGAAGACAGACAGAAGCAUUAAAAUGUGUGGCACAGGCCAGUAAGAACCGGUCGCUGGCAGAUUUUGAAAAGGCUCUGACAGACUAUAAGGUGGAGCUCAGGGACGACCCCAUCAUAAACACUCAUUUGGCUAAACUCUAUGAUAACUUAUUGGAACAGAAUCUGAUCAGAGUCAUCGAACCCUUCUCCCGAGUACAGAUUGAACACAUAUCCAGCCUUAUCAAGCUCUCAAAGGCUGAUGUAGAAAGGAAACUGUCACAAAUGAUCUUGGACAAGAAAUUUCAUGGCAUCCUUGACCAAGGCGAGGGAGUCCUGAUUAUCUUUGAUGAACCCCCAGUAGACAAAACUUAUGAAGCUGCCCUCGAGACUAUUCAGAAUAUGAGUAAAGUAGUGGAUUCGCUCUACAACAAAGCCAAGAAGCUAACAUAGAGUUGAAUUUGCUAGCUGUCAUUUGGAGAGUGUGUGUGACAGGAGAGUGAAACCUUUGGGAAAAUGUUAGGAGACUUUUUUCUUUGUUCUACUUUUCGCUCGGAAAGUUUUUAAACUUCCUCAUCCGGUGCAUCUUGUAUUCCAUACGAUGCGUGUUCCAGUUUCCAUGUAAUCUUUACUGGCCGAACUUUGUAUCUGGGGGGGGAAUAUUGUUUAAACAAAGAGGGUAUUCUAAAUAAAAGGAAAAAGGCUUACACUACCUAAACAUGUGCUUUCCACUUCCUGAGGGAUGUCAGAGAGUUAAGCAGGGACAAAGUUUUGUUACCGAUAGGUGCCCAAAACAGCUUGUUUCAUCUCUCCCUCUACUCUGAAACCCAAGACUUACUGACGGUGUAUAAGCAGCCAAGUUUAUUCCAUUUGUACUGAACCAAAAAACCCGAAAUGCACAGACUGCUGGUUUAUUUUUAAAUCUUAAGUAAGGCCUCAGAUCCCCUCAAAAGCAGCUCCACAAUGAUUUUCCUGAAGGCUUUCGCACCUGAGGAACCCACUUCAGAAUUGUCAUUGUGCUGUGCUGGCCCAGACUGACCUCGUGCAGCCAAAAACUGAGACGCUGCAGCCACUGUUGAGACCAUUAGGCCAGUUUCUAAUAAAGGGAACAGCGCAGGUUUCCCCGGGAGGCCUGCAUUGCAUGCUAUUGUUUUAAAAUAGACUAGAUUUUAAAUGUUUUAACUCUUCCCCCCACCUGCAUUGGUAGGAAGAACAGGUGAGCAGGCGUUCCCCGAGAACUCGCCUCCUCACAGCGCCGAGCCCUGGCCGGUGUCCGGCAGGGAGGCGAGCUGCUGCCCGGGCGCUGAUCGGGCUGGCGAUGUUUUCCUCUGCUGUGGAGCGUUUCUUUUCAGCAUCCGAUGUGAGACAGCUUGGCCCUUGUGGAAUGACCUAGUGCAGCUCUUGCUGGGGAGCUUCCUUGUUACUGUUCCCAAGUAAUAUAUGUGGGGGGUGGAGCACAGUGUAUUCCAGCAUGUUUCAUUUUAUGGUGAGAUUACUAGCUAGGUUUUAAUGCCAUUUGGGCAGUGUAAGCUUCUGCAUCUCUGUCCUGCUAAUUUUUAUUUUUCCUUUCCCCUCUGUCUCCCUUUCUCUUUCCCUUUCCACGUUUUCUUACUAAAUUUAUAUUUUGUAAAAGGAUUCUGUUUUAUCAGGAAAUAUUUUGCCUUCACACUGAAUCUUAGACUGGCUGAUUUUUCUGCUUUCUGUUCACAUUUUAAUCUCUCCAACAUUUUUUUUAAACUUUCCAUCUCAUCCAGUCAGUCACUGUUUGGGUUUUUGGCACCAUCAAUAUCAAAUGUACAAACGGUUCUUGCUAACCAACACCAGGUAUAUCUGAUGUUCAGAUGAGUUCCAAUAAAAUAUUUUUUUUUUCAAAA